AAAAAAGAAGAAGGAGGAAGGAAGAAGGAAGAUAGAAGGUGGAGGAAGGAAGAAGAAAGAAAGAAGAUGGCUGAAGAGAGGAGAAGGAAGGAUGAAGAGAGGAGAAGGAAGGAUGAAGAGAGGAGAAGGAAGAGGGAAAAAAUCUCUGCUCACUUUUGUCUUUCCACUUUUCACUUCUCACUUCUCUUUCCCUACUUCUCAUAA